UGAUGAUAUACUGACGAUUAUCAGUAUAUGAAUGGUCGAUUUAUUUCACGCACACUGAAAUGUGGCGUUUGAUAUCAAUAAUUUUAUCCUACUGGAUACUAGGGAUUCACUGUGAUUCCCCUAUUGUGACUCUACCAACAGGAAAGAUUCAAGGACUAGUUUCUAAAACGUACAGGCAUGGCAAAACAUUUUAUGGGUUCUUGGGUAUUCCAUAUGCAGCACCACCAAUCGGAACUCUGAGAUUCAAACCACCACAACAAUUGGAGAACUGGAAAGGUGUGCUACAAACUAAAUCACUAACAAAAAUGUGCUAUAAUGUCCAGAAGGAACUGCCACGUCAAAAUGAGGAUUGUUUAUACCUGAACGUUUUUUCACCAGUGAAGCCGUACAGUAAUGCGAGUUUACCAGUUAUUGUGAAUAUAUAUGGUGGUGGAUUCGUUCAUGGAAGUGCGACAUCUGAUAUCAAGAGGCCACAGAAUUUCUUGGAACAAGAUGUACUUGUAGUUGAUUUCAACUAUCGAGUUGGACCAUUUGGAUUUCUUUCAACUGGCGAUGAGGUGAUUUCUGGUAAUAUGGGACUGAAAGAUCAACAGUUCGCACUGAAAUGGGUUCAGACAAAUAUUCAUUUAUUUGGAGGAGAUGCAGCAAAAGUGACCAUCAUGGGACAGAGUGCGGGAGGAGCAUCAGUUACUUAUCAUAUAUUGAGUCCAGGAUCGGCAGGUCUAUUUAGAGCUGCUAUCGCCCAGAGUUCCUCAGCUCUUUGUCCUUUCGCCUAUCAGGACGAUGGUGUUGAAAUAGCUUAUGGAAUAGCUGGUUUGAUUGAUCCAAAUUUUGAUAGGAAUCGCACAAGUCAGGAGCUCUUGGAUUUCUUACAGAGUGUAGAUGUGGAAGAAAUCACGAAUACAGCUGAUAAAUAUCACAUUUUUGCUCCGACUAUAGAAGUGGAACAACCAGAUGCAUUCAUAACGGAACCAAUGUUUGAAUUGGCUAAAUAUGGAAAACUGAACAGAGUACCCCUAAUGAUAGGGUUCUGCUCAGAGGAAGAGAUCAAACAUUUGAGCGAUUUAUCCAAUUGGAGAAAAUUCGUUAGGAAAUCCUACUCGAAUGACGAAUCACUUGUUCCUUCUAGCAUGAAUAUUGUGGACGGCAAAAUUCUACUGGAAAUUGGAACAGAAAUCAGAAGCGUUUAUACUAACCAAACAAAUUUAGUAGAUGACCUAGGACGUGCAUUACAAAUGCUCAGCGAUAAUCAGUACAUCAGACCAGUGAUAAAAUUUGCAGAAUUAUUAUCCCAAUAUAGUGAUGUAUUCCUUUAUCAAUUCUCAUACCAAGGAGCAAUAUCCAAUAAUCACAUCAAUGUCGAAGGAGUGUCCGGAGUAGGACAUUCUGAGGACAUGAAGUACUUAUGGACAUAUUUCACGGAUCUGGACUCCUUCCCAUUAUCGGAUGUGCAGACAGUUGAUAGAUAUGUAGGCUUAUCUACUAAUUUCGUAAAAUACUUGAAUCCAACACCGAUAGCUGAAGAUUCAUUUAGUAAUAUCACAUUCCCCAGACUUACCAGAGAUGAAAUGAACUAUAUGGAUAUUAGUUCAGAACUACUGAUCAAGAAGCAUCCUAGAGAAUUCUCAUACGAGAAAUGGAACGAAUUGUUCGAAGCUCAUGCCAAUGAACCCUUGAUCACAUACUGAAAUGAAUAAUAUGACAAUUUCAUAAAAUUCAUUAAACAGUAAUCAGAAUUGGAAAUCAGUCAUUCCAAUGUAUGAAAUUGGUUGAAAUAAACUGUUUAGCUCACAAGAAGUGUAUAAUCAUUAUAAACUAUUCAAUUACACUGAAUAGAAUUGAUUGAUUGAUAUGACGAUUCCCUCUUGAUAGAACUAAUGAGAUUGAAAACCUAUCAUAGCAUCGAAAAACUCCAACAGUGACUAAAAAGACUCAACUGGUCUCAAUAUUCAUAUGAUUAUCAAUUUUUUCAUGAUCACGUUCAUCAUAUUCUGUGGAACAGGAAGUUCAUGAGUUCUAAAGAAUUCAUAAUGUGAAUGCGAACGAAACACCCGCAAUCAGUAUCCGUUUUAUACGAAACGUAGAUUCCAGGAGGAUGUAAUCCAACGUAGUGCGUGGCAUCGGUCAGGAAAGUGGUUCUUUGUCUACUGACAAAUUUGAUUAUUGUUGUUUAUUUUAUCGAAUACCCAUUGAGAUUAUUUCGAGUAAUUGCUGCGAUGAUAACAGGUAUUCACAAGUAGCUAUGAAGAAUAAGACAAUA